CAAGAUAUUCCUGAGAAUAGUCUGAAAAGUGGUGCGGAUGACUUGCCAAUAGCUUCCAAACAAUAUGAAAAUGUAGAAGAACAAGAAGAAGAACUAGAAUUAGAAACAAUACCGAAUUUAAAACUGGAAAAUGAAAAUGUUUGUGAUAAGAAUGAAGACUAUCAAAAAUUGAAAGCUGCCCAGUCAUCCAACAUAGGAAAUGGUCCAGAAGAAAAUGAAAUAAUUGAAGUUUGGGCUGAAAAAUGUCCGCACCCAGAGCAGAGGGAUUAUUCUCAUCGAAUUUCCAAACCCAAGUCUGAAACACAGCAAUCUCAAGCAGUGUGGGCUGAAAAAUGUCCUCACCCAGAGCUGAGGGAUUAUUCACAUCCAAUCUCCAAACCUGAGUCUCUACCACACCAAUCUCAACCAGAUAUAAUUUCUUCAGAAGAAAUAACAGAAUCUAAAGUGGAAAAUAAGAGAAGUUUUGUUAAGAGUGCAGAAAAUCAAGAAUUUAGUGUGUCUGACCUUAAUGGACCACAGGAAUCUUCCACAGGAGCUCCCGACUCAUCCAAUAUGGACGAUGUUGCAGAAAAAAAUGUAAUAAUGCAUCAGGAGAGAACAUCUGUCAUGGAAGACCAAGCACAUGCCUCAGAAGAAGAGCAGAGGCAGCCCAGUGCUAGAAAAACUAGGCAGUCAUUUAUUGAUACUAUAAGAGCAUGUUUUUGUCCAUGUUUCACCAAAAAACGAAGCUCUUCUCGCCACCACAAGAAAUAGAAGAGAAAACAUAAAAAAAUGAUGAACUUGGACAACUCUACGACAAUUGCCUGACAACUUCUCUGACCAUCUACAAUAAAACAACUCAGGAAAAAAAUCUGUUCCUUCUCCAAUAAUUGCUUCAAGAAAAAGCACAUUUUUAUUUUAUGUUUUAGAAUAUUAUAGUAUUAUAUUACAUAAUCUUCAGUGUUAUUUUCACCUCUUUAUUUUGUUUUAUUAUAUUGUAGUAUAUUACACUAUUAUAUUAUCUUCA